GUGUUUAUAUAAAUAUACGCAGUGGCAUCCACGUACAUACACACAGCACGAAACGCAAACUAGAGGUAGAGCUAUGUCGAAACCAAUAGGUUCUGAAUGGUCUGUAAUGCUCAUCAGUAUACUUUUUCUUCUUAACUGUCUUCUUUUUUCGCAACCUUGCUCUGGGGCUUCAUUUGCAUUUGGUGAUCAAAUCGACGAAGUCGCACGUAAUGGAUCUCUUCCAGAUCAUGAAGUACGUGCUCUUCGACUCCUUUCCAAGAAUUUGCUGUCCCAAGACACAACGCAGUUAACUCUCACGUAUCCAAUUUGUUCUACCGAACUGGAUUUCGAGAUCACGUGCUCCUGCCACAGCAUAAGAAAUCAAUCGGUUUGUUCGGUCACUAGAAUAAAAUUGCCAAGCAAAAACUUGGAUGGAUCUAUUGACCCUUCAAUAGGUAACUUUGCAAACUUGGAAGGACUUAAUCUUUUCAAUAAUCAGCUUUCUGGUGAGAUUCCUUCAACGCUGGGGUAUUUGCAGCAUCUCACGUAUUUGUAUGUUAAAGCUUUGAUUCCUUGUUCUAUAUUUAGAAAUGAUGGCAUGCAUAGGCUAUGCUUAUUUCUAAAUCAUGGUACAAUGACUGUGGUGAACAUCAGGAACCUUGCAAGCAAUUCGUUGACCGGUUCUAUACCUCCAAGCCUGACAAUGUUGCACAAUCUGGAACAUCUUUUUCUAUCCAACAAUGAUCUUGAUGGUCCCAUCCCUCAGAAUCUUACGGGUUUACAAUCGCUUCGGAUUUUGGAUCUUUCCAACAAUCAAUUGACCGGGCCAAUACCAGACAGCAUACGAUUCUGUGGAAAGUUGAUAGGGAUCUAUCUUCGCCUCAACUUCCUCAGCGGUACUAUAAACGAAAAUUUGGGGAACCUCUCUUCACUGAUGUUUCUGGAUCUUUAUAGUAACAAGUUGUCAGGCAUUAUUCCAAAAGAAUUAGGAAAACUGUCUUUUCUCAGCUUUCUGAACCUAGAUGACAAUGAUCUUCAUGGUGAACUUCCGAAGGAGCUUGGAAGCUUGACCAAUCUUCGACAGCUAUACUUGACAGCAAAUAAUUUUACUGGAGCAAUUCCUACGACAUAUGCGAAACUUAUCAAUCUUGAAGAGUUUGCAGUGGGUGGAAACUAUUUGUCUGGUCCAAUACCUGAUUAUUUUGGAAAAUGGGUGAAACUCACUAAACUGGUUCUGAUAGGAAAUAAUUUUGAAGGGAAUCUGUCAGCACAAACUUUUAGUCUGCCAAGUUUACAGAGAUUGUAUGUGCAAUCAUUUGAUGCCAGCAUAGUAUUUAAUUUUAAUGUGAAGAUAGACAUGAAAGUGUUGUUUAAUGAUUCCAGGUGGGUCAGUGAUGUGAGCAAUCCAGGAAUAUCAUUCCCUGAAGAAGUACCGGAACAAAAAUCUCUAUUUUCAGUGAUCCUGAGAAAUUGCAAAAUUAACGGCUCAAUACCCAAAGACAUUGGCAAUUGGUCACAGUUAAAAUAUCUAGAUUUGAGCUUCAACAACUUAAGUGGUAGCGUUCCAGAAACAUUUCAGAGACUGAAUAAGUUAUUUUUAACGAACAACACGCUCAGUGGGCUUCCUAACUGGACCAAUAACUCGACAAGUGUCUAUCCCACAGCGGAUCUUUCGUACAAUAACUUCAACGUGACAUGUGAAAAUGCAACCUGCUUGGGAUUGCAGAAUGUAAGCAUUCACCCGACUAGGUUUUUCAUAGAUGAGAUGCGGGGGAAAAAAUGUGGUCGAAGGCAUAAUUCCUUGUUUAUAAAUAGUGGUGGUGAGGAAGUAGAUGACGGAAAAAAUAAUUAUCAUAACGAUACCUCAUUAUCAAGGUUUAAUCUUAGUCCAUCUGAGGAUUGGGCUUAUAGCUAUGCUGGGGACUACCUCUGGGCAAAAGUCAAUGCCAGCACUUUAGUAAGAAACUUGACGUGUGAAAUCACUAGCUCUAAGGCAAACAUUGAUAACAAUUUUCGCCUUGCUCCCGUCUCUCUAACGUAUUAUGGCCUCUGCUUGCGUAAAGGCAAGUACAUUGUGACACUUUAUUUUGCUGAAGCAUUAUAUUCUAAGAGUGAAGAUUACAGCACAUCAGGAAAACGAGUGUUUGAUAUAUAUAUUCAGGGAAUGAUUGUAAAGAAAGAUGUCAACAUAAAGGAAAUCCCUGGGAAAGAACAUGAAGAAAGACGACUACAAUUCGAGGUUAAAAUAAAUGAUGGUUCGUUAGAGAUCAAGUUCUUCUGGGCUGGCAAGGGGUCUCUAUACAACCCACCUGGUCUCAAUGGACCUCUCAUAUCAGCUGUUUCGAUCACUCGUGUUCCCAGAAAACUGCAUGGUUGGGAAAUUGCGUUGAUUGCAGUCGGCUGUAUUUUGUUUCUGCUGCUGUUGUUGGCCUUCAUGUGGAGAAUGGGCUGGAUAGGAGACAGAGAAUUGCGAGAAACCAAAGUGAAGAUUGGAGAAAGAACUUUCACCCUUAAGCAGAUCAUUGAUGCAACAAAAAAAUUUAGUCCCAAGAUGGAGCUUGGUAGAGGACGUUCUGGGAUAGUAUACAGGGCUCAAUUGCCAGACCUGACUGUAGCAGUGAAGAAGCUAGUCGCUCAAUCAAAUGCAGUCGAUGAAAUAGCAACUGAAGUUUAUUUCAAGAAGGCCAAGGAGUUGAAACACGACAACAUUGUUAAAUUGCUUUAUAUUUAUUCAAGAAGGCGCCUACAUUUACUCAUCUACGAAUUCAUGGAAGUUGGCUCGCUCGGACAAGUUUUAUUUGGUACAAAUUCCACAGUGCGAAUUGAUUGGCCGAAAAGAUUUAUAAUCUGCAAGUAUAAUCUGCAAGGGAAUAGCGUAGGGUUUGAGGUAUCUUCAUGAAAGGAAUCCUCAAAUAAUACACAGAAACAUAAAAGCCAAUAAUAUUCUGCUUGAUGCAAGUUGUAAUCCGAAAAUAUCAGAUUUUGGAUUGGCAAAGCUUUACGAGGAGGAGGAUCCACAUGUUGCGGUUAGAGCAGCAGGAGGAGGAGGAGGAGGAGAUCUUUCAUACAUGUCACCAGAGUAUGCAAUCCGGAGAACCAUGACAGCGAAAGCCGAUGUCUACAGUUUUGGGAUCCUUCUCCUUGAGAUCGUUAGUGGGAGAAACAAUACUGAGUACAGAGAAAAGGAAGAAACUGUUGUUCUGCUAGAUACGGCCGCUAAUUUACGUGCGCGGGGAACGCUAGGAGAUUUGAUUGACUCAAGGGUGGGCCAUAAUUAUGACGGGAACCAAACGAACAUUGUUCUGAAUUUGGCAAUGAUGUGCACCGAACAAUCACCUUCUCUCAGGCCUACAAUAUCUCAAGUUGUGGCUGUACUUCAAGGCGAAAAAACCCUUAAGAAUAUUUCUGAAGAGAUCGCUCCCUCAAUCUCUCCUGCUUGAGCACCGGAUGGUCAAAUAUAUAUAACUUGUGUGUUUUGCCAUGUUUCCAUAUCUAUUGAUUCUUGAUUCAUUUCUUUUCUUUUUGUUGGUUUGUUUCCCUUGAUCCUCCUUUUCAUUUAAAUCUUCCUAGUAAAGAUUGAAGGAAAAACAUGUACUGGUUCUUAAGAAUUAUGGCCCUGAAAAUUGGAGACCUAGCUCGUUGAUAUUA